ACAAGCUAUCGGAUGUGAGCCUCUGAUUCUGAUGAUAUGGGCACAACGUUGACAUUUAAAUUCCUCGGAUAACCUAGCGUCAUACGAACGAAGUCUUACAAACGUUUUAUUAUCACUAUUCACAUAUUAUAAUCUCCCUUCUGCAAUCUCACUAUGCCGAGCAAUAAGCUUGAGAAACCUGACAAGCAGGAAGUCAGUGAUAAUGUCAAGGUGGUGGUGAGAUGUCGUCCCCUCAACCAGAAAGAGAAGAUGAUGGGCCACAAACAGGCCGUCAUUGUGGACGAGAUCCGUGGGACCAUAACAGUUAACAAGCUGGAGACUCCUCAGGAGCCUCCCAAGACCUUCACCUUUGACACUGUGUUUGGACCAGACAGCAAACAGCUUGAUGUCUACAACCUCACAGCCCGCCCCAUCAUCAACUCAGUAUUAGAGGGUUACAAUGGCACCAUUUUUGCAUAUGGACAAACUGGCACAGGAAAAACAUUCACCAUGGAGGGUGUGAGAGCAGUGCCAGAACUCAGAGGGAUUAUCCCAAACUCCUUUGCACAUAUUUUUGGUCACAUUGCCAAGGCAGAGGGAGACACCAGGUUUUUGGUUCGUGUUUCAUACCUGGAGAUUUACAAUGAGGAAGUGCGGGACUUGUUGGGCAAGGAUCAGAUGCAGAGGCUAGAGGUUAAAGAAAGGCCAGAUGUUGGUGUGUACAUCAAAGACCUCUCUGGUUACGUUGUGAACAAUGCUGAUGACAUGGACAGGAUUAUGACACUGGGGCACAAAAACCGGUCUGUUGGUGCCACAAACAUGAAUGAACACAGCUCUCGCUCUCAUGCUAUCUUCACCAUCACUAUCGAGUGUAGUGAGAAGGGUGUGGACGGAAACCAGCAUGUGCGCAUGGGAAAACUUCAUCUGGUUGACCUGGCAGGUUCAGAAAGACAAGGCAAGACUGGAGCCACCGGUCAGCGUUUAAAGGAAGCAACAAAAAUCAAUCUCUCUCUCUCCACACUGGGUAAUGUCAUCUCUGCCUUGGUGGAUGGCAAGAGCACACACGUUCCUUACAGGAACUCCAAACUAACCCGUCUGCUGCAGGAUUCACUCGGAGGAAACUCUAAAACCAUGAUGUGUGCAAAUAUAGGCCCUGCAGACUAUAACUACGACGAGACCAUCAGUACCCUCCGCUAUGCCAAUAGGGCUAAAAACAUCAAGAACAAAGCCAGGAUCAAUGAGGAUCCUAAGGAUGCUCUGCUGCGCCAGUUUCAGAAGGAGAUUGAGGAGCUGAAGAAGAAACUGGAGGAAGGUGAAGAGAUCUCUGGCUCAGAGGGCAGUGGAUCAGAAGAGAUGGAUGAAGGUGAUGAUGACGGAGGGGAGGCAGGAGAGGGCCGUAGAAGAAGAAGAGAAGAAAGAGGGAGGAAGAAGGUUUCUCCAGACAAGAUGGUGGAAAUGCAGGCAAAAAUUGAAGAGGAAAGAAAGGCUCUGGAGGCCAAGUUGGACAUGGAGGAGGAGGAGAGGAACAAGGCAAGAGCAGAACUGGAGAAGAGGGAGAAGGACCUGCUUAAAGCCCAGCAGGAGCACCACCUUCUGCUGGAGAAACUGUCGGCUUUAGAGAAGAAGGUGAUUGUGGGCGGGGUGGACCUCUUGGCCAAGGCUGAGGAGCAGGAGAAGCUCUUGCAGGAGUCCAACAAUGAACUUGAAGAACGUCGCAGGAGAGCGGAGCAGCUGCGGAAGGAACUAGAGGAGAAAGAGCAAGAGCGUCUGGACAUAGAAGAGAAAUACACAAGCCUGCAGGAGGAGGCUCAAGGAAAGACCAAGAAGCUGAAGAAAGUAUGGACCAUGCUGAUGGCUGCCAAAUCAGAAAUGGCAGAUCUACAGCAAGAGCAUCACAGAGAGAUUGAAGGUCUCUUGGAGAACAUCCGCCAGCUGAGCCGAGAGCUCCGGCUCCAGAUGCUCAUUAUAGACAAUUUUAUUCCCCAGGAAUACCAGGAGAUGAUAGAGAAUUACGUGCAUUGGAAUGAAGACAUUGGAGAAUGGCAGCUGAAAUGUGUGGCAUACACUGGCAACAAUAUGAGAAAACAGACCCCUGCUCCAGACAAAAAAGAAAAAGAUCCUUUUGAGGUGGAUCUGUCCCAUGUGUAUCUGGCUUACACAGAGGAGAGUAUGCGGCAGUCACUGAUGAAACUAGAGAGGCCAAGAACCUCUAAAAGUAGCAAGAGUGGUCGACCCAAGACAGGACGAAGGAAAAGAUCUGCUAAGCCAAACGCUGUGAUCGAAUCCCUUCUGCAGUAAAGACAGCGUAGAGGAGGGCUACGUUUGACUGCAACUUUCAUGUUACCCUAUGAAAAGAAGUCAUUUGUCAAGUCUAAAAGUUAUUGUUGAACAUUAUUUAAAAGAUUAUCUUAAUGCACUGUAUAGCUGACAUGGUUUAAAUCUGAAAUAUAAAUAAAUUUGUGCUGUUGUUUGGAGAGCACUCAUGGUAGGAUUAAGACCUCUUGGCCAAGAGGACCUGUUAUUUGUAUUAUGGUGUAAGAAUUUUAAUGUUGCUUGGGCGCAUUUCAAUGGCAGCAGGCUCUGUCUUAAUUAAGUUCAUUCUUUUAAGUACAAGUACUUUAAGAAGGAAAUCUUCCAUAAAUAUAUUUUACUUGCAACAUCAAUAGUUUAGAAAACGAUCAACAAUCUAAAAGAAUCUGCAGAUUUGAUGGGAUGCUGAAAGCAGAAUUUGCACAUAGGAACAGCAUUCAUAUCUCCUAUGUUGAGUGUAUUUAACUCAAGUGUUUUGCGAUGAAUACCACACAGAUUAAGUCUUAACCUCUGUUUUACUGAUUUCCUACUAUGUGACAAACUGAUUCAUAUUAAAUGGCCCGUGCUAAUAUGAACACAUGAUAACUGAAUUCUAAUUCAAUUCUAAUAAUUCAUUUUCACUUAAAUUAAUCUUUUUGUGCACAAGCUGUAGCCUUAGUGUUUCUUCCCACUGAAUACAUGAAAUCAUCAACAUGGAGAGAAACAAAAUAAACACUAAUGUAGGUGGAACAAGGAGAAGAGUGUAUGUAGUAUCAAGUAUGUAACUGAAAAGUGCGCUUUCUACUUUUUCCUUUAGGUCAGAAGCAUAGGGGCAUGCAUGCCAGCCAGCUCUUAUGUUAGUGCCAUUUGCUAAUUUAAGCAAGUCAUCUUUUUAUUUUUAUAUGUCAGAACACUCUGUGUUAUAUUGAGAUGCAUCAUGCAUAGUGUAUGCCUUAGUAUAAUACUGUGGUAUGAGGUUUUUGUGGAGAUCAUUUAAUGUCAUGAUGUUCUGUAGUGGAGACAAACUGGCUUUUAUUUUGUAUCAUAAUGUAUGUCAAAUGUUUACACCCACCAAACCCCUGGAUAUUUUAUUUAUUAAAUUAUUUUACAUGUUUUACCUCC